UACCUAACAAGGCCAGUGUCACUUAGCUGUUCUUGUCCUUUGAUGGGAACACUGGCUUGGGAUUAAAGCGCACACCUCCAAGCCAAGUACCACAGCCUGAUCCAUCCCAAGAAGUUGGGAGCCGCUAACAGGACCUUCCACACUCUUCAGGAAAUUUACAGCAGCACCAGUAGUCACAAUGAAAGUUCUUAUCUCUUCCCUCCUUCUAUUUCUGCCACUAAUGCUGAUGUCUGUGGUCUCCAGCAAUCCAAAUCCAGCGGUGGCCAGAAGCCAUAGGGACCAACGCCAGGUUUCUGGGAGGUGGCUCCAGGAAGAUGGCCAAGAAUGUGAAUGCAAAGAUUGGUUCCUGAGAGCCCCUAAAAGAAAGCUCAUGACAGUGCCUGGGCUGCCAAAGAAGAAGUGUCCCUGUGAUCAUAUCAAAAGCAACAUGAAGAAAACUAGGCACCAAAGGUACCACAGGAAGCCAAACAAGCACUCCAGAGCCUGCCAGCAAUUUCUCAAACGAUGUCAGCUAGCAAGCUUUGCUCUGCCUAUAUAGAAGUGAGAGCUUACCCCCUCAAUGAAACAUUCGCAGUCAAGAAGGCAGUGAGCACACCUAGAGGAUGCUCCCCUCCCACCUCAAGCUCUCCCUCCCAGUUCCCACUCCAGCUUCUCAAAAACAUUUUUUUUACCCAAGAUUAUUCCUCCCUCUGUGCUUUCUUCUUUUGUGUCUUUGCUUAUGCCUUCCCUUCACCCAGGCUUGAGCUUAAUUACCUGAGAACCAGGAAACCCGUUUCCUGGCCGUUCCCAACUAUCUUAAAUACAAUCAGGCAAGCAGCAA